AGUCUCUUCCAACUCCAAGAUUAGAAACUGCUACAUUAUUCUAUCUAUCUUUCUCUUGUUUUUGCUAUGUGGUAAUCAGUGGUAAUUAACAGACAACAGUUUUUGUUUUGUCCGUACCGUUUUAUAACUAUCUCGCUGUCUUUGUCUAUUACCACACUCUCAUCUUUUUUAGCUUCUGUUGUGUUUCUCUCACUUCUUUCUCUAAACCCAACAACAGUCAAAAUCAGGGAAGCCAAUAUUUUCUUUGCUUUCUUCUCCUUUCGUCCUUUCUUUAAACCAAGACAGUUAGGUUUAAUAAAGAGAGAGAGAGAGAAUGAUGUGUGAGUACUCUCUUUCUGUCUGAGUAAGAGGAAACAAAAAUGAAUAUGGGUUCCAACUCGGGUCCUGGUCGUGGUCCAGGUCAAGCAGAGUCGGGUGGUUCAUCGACUGAGUCAUCCUCUUUAAGCGGAGGGCUCAUGUUUGGCCAGAGGAUCUACUUCGAGGACGCUGGAGGUGGAACCGGGUCUUCUUCCUCCGGCGGGUCAAACAGAAGGGUACGUGGUGGCGGGUCGGGUCCUUCGGGUCAGAUACCAAGGUGCCAAGUGGAAGGUUGUGGAAUGGAUCUAACCAAUGCAAAGGGUUAUUACUCUAGGCACAGAGUGUGUGGAGUGCACUCUAAAACACCCAAAGUCAUUGUCGCUGGUAUCGAACAAAGGUUCUGUCAACAGUGCAGCAGGUUUCAUCAGCUUCCGGAAUUUGACCUAGAGAAAAGGAGUUGCCGUAGGAGACUCGCUGGUCAUAAUGAGAGAAGACGGAAGCCGCAGCCUGCGUCUCUCUCUGUGUUGUCUUCUCGUUACGGGAGGAUAGCACCUUCGCUUUACGGAAAUGCUGAAACUACAAUGAAUGGGAGCUUUCUUGGUUCCCAAGAAAUGGGUUGGACAAAUACAAGAACGUUGGAUACAAGAGUGAUGAGACGACCGUCGUGGCAGAUUAAUCCGAUGAACGUGUUUAGUCAAGGAUCAGUCAGUGGAGGAGGAGGAGGAGGAGGGAUAAGCUUCUCAUCUCCAGAGGUUAUGGACACUAAACCAGAGAGCUACAAGGGAAUUGGCAGCGACUCAAACUGUGCUCUCUCUCUUCUGUCAAACCCACAUCAGCUACAUGACAACAACAACAACGACAACAACACAUGGAGAACUUCUUCAGGUUUUGGUCCGAUGACGGUUACAAUGGCUCAGCCACCACCUGCACCUAGCCAGCAUCAGUAUCUGAACCCGCCUUGGGUGUUUAAGGACGAUGACAAUAACUGUCAGAAUGAUAUGUCUCCUGUUUUGAAUUUGGGGCGAUUCACCGAGACAGAGAUGGGCGGUGGAACGACAAUGGGUGAGUUCGAGUUAUCUGACCAUCAACAUCAGAAUAGGAGGCAGUACAUGGAAGGUGAGAACUCAAGGGCUUAUGACUCUUCUUCACACCAUCACAACUGGUCUCUCUGAGUCUCUUUGCAUCAGACAAUCAUAUUCUUGUUAUAUUUCUCUUUUUUUCUGUUAUUUGCUUACUAAUAAACCCAAAAAUUGUUUCCUGACAUUGGCUUUUGUUUAUUUAUGCUUCUUGUUUGUUGUUU